AUGCUUACCCGUGCGAGAAAGCUUCAAUCUUGCUUUGAUGAGUAUUGCACUACAAAUCAAUAUACUCAGUUUAAGCUUAACGAUGAGGAGUGGCGCCAGGUUGAGUAUCUUCUGUUGAUUACCAAGCCUUUCUUUGACUUUACCAAUGUCUUGUCAAAGACUAGGGACUGCACAGUACACCAUAUCUUCAGCAUCUACAACAGACUCUUUUCCCACCUUGAAGAGGCUGAGAAGAAGUUAAGAUGUAAGCGUGUACACUGGAAGAAAAGCAUGCUUCAGGAACUUCAGCUGGCACAGAAAAAGCUCUCUAAAUAUUACAGUGGAACCGAUGAUAGUGUAUAUGGUACAACCUGUGCACUAGCAACAAUUCUAUAUCCACCAAAGAAGCUACGAUACUUUGAUAAUAAGGAUUGGAGAGGUGGUGAUAUUGAUUUUAUGAGGCAGUAUCAAGACGCAUUUCGAAAUGAAUUUGUAACUUAUCAGAAACAAGCUCAGAGGGAAGCUCACCAACCAGAUACCUCGGAGAAGAUUGAUGAUAUAGAGGAUGAAGAGCUUGCAAUGCUUUGUGACUCACAACAAACCACGCUCCCCACUGAUGAAUUUGAUGGCCGGCAAGAUGAGGUUACGCGAUAUCUAUCCAAAGGGCUUAGUAAGGGAAACCCACGUGUUUACUGGAAAGAACAUGAGCAGGAAUUCCCAGUGCUUGCCAGAAUAGCACGAGAUAUUCUCUCGAUUCCUGCUAGUGGAGCAGGGGUAGAGCGGUUGUUCAAAUAUGCUCGUGAUAUCUGCCAUUAUCGCCGUGGGCAGCUAAGGCCAGACACAAUCAAGGGUUUGAUGCUUCAUCACUUUUCCUCUAAAUUUGAGCUGAAACAGACAGAGAUCGAGAUGAUCAAGGAGUAUCUCUUAUCUGGCGAAGCUGCUAUGCUUGAUCAGAGCCGUCUAUCUCCACCAUCACUUGAGUUUAUGGAACCGAUUAGUGACAAUGAAGAGGAAGGAUACCAAGAAGAGCUACAAGAGGAGGAUUCCGAUAAUGAUGUAGAUGAACUGGCGAUCUCUUACUCCUUGAAGCGGCCUGUGGAUACUUUAGAUCUAGACGAUAGUGCCCUGCUGGACGGAACAACAUUCGAUGGUACACAGACCCGGACAGGAAGGAUUCGGAAGAAGCCAUGGUUACCAGACGGAUUCGAGAUGGGGCAGCCAUAG